AACAUGGCGUCGGGGGUGGCAUUCGCGCUCAGCUUGAUCCUCGUCGUCGGCCACCUUCAGAAAGGGCCAGGAUCUCUCGCAAAGACCUUCACAUUCCCCGAGUAUCCGUACAAGGAGACCACCAAAAAUGAGCUCCUUUUUAGACAAUUCGAGCAAGCUUGCGAGGAGAGCGGCGCAUGCAAAAUGCUCUCGCAACAAAGGAGCGACAGUGUCGCGAAAACGCGAUGCAUCCGAGAAUGCGUCUCGCCAUCCUGCUACAAGGAGAUCUAUUUAUUCGAUCAGUUGGAAGAGGGUGAAAUUGACGUGAGAUUGAAUUCCUUCAAAGGCUGCUUCAUGCAGCGAAAUGGUCGACCACGGAAAUAAAAAAAAAAACAAAGAAGAGGAAAGAUGCAAAGAACCACUAAUUAGAAAAAAAAAAUCAACAAUUUGGUGUACCGUUUAAUUCUUUCGGAAUGACAAGGAACACAAAAGGUUUUUGCUCAGAUUCUGUCGCUCUGAAAGAAUUAAAUUAACCUUAUAAGUGCAGCGCGAUAUGCACAAUCGGACUCUUUGCAAAAAAGAGAGAAAAAGCACAAACUUAUAUAGAUAAAAACAUAUAUUACGCACAAAACUAGUUUACAAUACAUAUCGUGCAGCAUGAGAAGUGUACACCGAACUAUUUGGAUUUGUAUUUAAACAUAAUCUUUUUCUACUUUUUGUACCCAUAUUCUUAUCUACAACGUUGCCUCGUAUUUAACGUUAAUAAUGCUGCACAAAUAUGAUAAAGAAAUCAACUGUAUGUAAACAGUUGGCUAUGCACUAGUAUAUAGUAAUUUUAGUCAUCUCUUUUUUCUCGCUUUAAUGUGUAAUUUUAUUAAAAUAUUUUUUCCAGUAUCGUACAUAUAUAUUCAAUCUAUACCAAACGUUACUUCAAUAAUGUAUUUUUAAUACGUAGGAAACGAUAAAUAGAAAAUUUUUUGAAAACGUACGCGCGUUUCGUGUUAUAUAAUGUUAUUUUCAUACAAAAUAUGUAUGAAACUUAUACUAUUACGAUUAUUGAAUUCUUAUAGAUAGUCAAAAUUACGAUUUAACUAAAACUUAUCACUUAUUAAUUAUAUCGUAAUUAUCAAUCUAACAAAAAAUUUACUAUCUCAUAGAAAAUCUUUUUAACUUCUUCCUGAUGUACUACGUAAACUACUUCUACUGUGAUAUAAAGUGAUAU